AUGAGUAAAAGAGCAAAGCUGGUGGUACCUGUGAGUAAAAUAUUUGACAUUUCACCAGGAGAAAGAACAAAUAAUAUAAAAGUAUCUUUUGAUGACGAUAUUAAUAAUUUAAAUGCUGUCGGACUUUUAAAUGCUGUAAAAGCAGAUGGAACAGAAAUUAAUUGUACCGCCACUGUAAUUAAAACCAAUAAUGGAAGCGUUGCAAUUACUGCUGCACAUUGUAUUUAUGAUCAUAAACUUAAGAAGUUUAAUACUAAAAUUUAUUUUUAUCCUGGGUACAACAAUGGAGUAGAAGGUAGAAUUGGAAAAGUUACUGCUUAUAAAUCGUUUAUAUGGGAUAAAUUUUUAGACAACGUUGAAAUUUAUGAUUAUGCCUUUACAAAGUUUUAUUACAAAAAUGGAAGAAAAUUACAAGGUGAUACAGGAGCUUUCGAUUAUGAUCUCGAUAUACCUCAUGGAAAUUAUUCAACUACUGUAUUUGGUUAUCCAGUUGAUGGUGAUAUGGACUGCCCCAGAGAUGGAAAACACCUUUGUAAGUGGCAAGGGAAUUCAUUUGAUUUUCCAGAUAAUCUUCCAAAUGCCACGUCGUAUAGAGGUAUACCUAUAGAUGUUGGUUAUGGCUCAAGUGGGGGUCCCUGGAUGAGAAAUUAUGAUCCAACUACUAACACAGGCACUGUAAUGGGUAUCUCACAUGGUAUAUUAAAUGAACCCUAUCCUGAAACAGAUACUGCCGCUUGUCUAUGGUAUCAUGACGAAUUUUUAAGCAUGUUGAGGCUUACUGAAUUUUAG